AUGUCGCCUGACAACACCUCGCCCGAACAACCUGCGGCGAGUCAGCCCCUAGCUUCGCCUGCCGUCGGCUCGCAGGAGGAGUCUGAUGCGCACUGCAGCACACGCGAAGCCGCGCAGGACGUUGACGACCCGUCGUUCAGCCAGGACGACUCGUUCGCGUUUGCCUCGGAGGGCUCGAUCGUCUACCGCGAUAGCGAGACGAGCGCUGAGCUUGCGUCGUCCAUACCAGCGAGGGAGGACCAGAUCAGCGCCUCAGACGAGCCGUUCACCAGCUACGGCAGAGUUCUUGGCGACCUCGCGACUCUGACCGGGCCGCCGACAGCAGCCUCUGCUCGUUCUGUCUCGUCGCCCGCUACGGUCUUCGACACGAGGGAGACACAGCCAACUUCCGACCCCGCGAGGGUCGCCGCUAGUCACUCGCCGUCAAAACAAGGAUUGAACCCGGCCGCAUCGUCCUUCACUUUUCGCUCCUUCUCGUCGCCUGCCUCCCUCCCAACCGGCUCGAUGCUCGACCUUCAGUUCGGCGAGAUUCUCAAGAACGGCAAAGAUUCCCUUGGCAACUUGACGCCCGAAGCCAAGGUCGCCCUCGGCCAGCUCGGCCUCCAGCCCAUCCCUUCGCUUCACGGCGCCCCCAAGUUUCCCUACGCGCGCAAUCCGUCCGGCGUCGACCUCUUCCACUUCUCGGUCGCGGAGGAAGAACCUGCCUUCGUCCCGCUCGAGGAAGUGCCCGACUACCAGCCUCGCACGAUGCCGCUUCCUCUGCCCGGCAACUCUCGCUACACCCGCCACGGUCGCCUCGCUCAGCAACGCAACAUCUCGGCUCCUGCCACUCUCGCCUUCACCCAGCUUGUCACAGAAACGCCGGGACCGCCGUUCGCGCCGAAGACGGUUCGUGCUGCAUCGGCUCCAACGAGGAGGGGCGGACGCUCGAAGAAGUCGCAGCUUGAGACGCCGCCGGUGUCGAUUCCUUUUUCGCCGCCGACUCCGGCUCCGGCUCCUCCUAUCGACUACACCCACGCCGUUGCUCUCGAGCAAGCUCGCCUCGCUCAGCAAGUCCAGCACGCCCAGAUCGCGCAAGCCCAGGCCGAGAGUCGACAGACGUUCCAGCAACUCGUCAACAACCCGCUCUGGCCUUUCACCGGCACGCACGCGCCCUCCAGCGCCUGUCCGACCGACGCGGGCAUCGCCUCUCUCGCUUCGACGCCGUACCCGAUUGCGAACACGCCGGUCCUCGAUGCGAGCCCGUCAACCGUCCCUUCAACACUCCGCCGCCGUCCCAGCAUCGUCGUCGGACCUGACGGGCAGCUCAAUGUCGUCGACUCUCGCGCGCUCGGGCAGCUUGCGAUGCAGAUGAACCUCGGACUCGGCCAGCCUCAGCCCGUCUCGAACUUCUUGAGCAGGACGACGAGCUGGGAGACGGCUGCUUCGGCAGUGUCGCAGGCUCAUCUGAGCGCGGCUGUUGGAGCAUACUACCCGUCGCACGAGGAGACGGAGGACGAGAUCUUCGGCGUCCUGCGCCCGCCGAGUCGUGCCGAACAGCUCGACCGCCGCAACCGUCCCAGUCACCAUCGUUCGGCCAAGAGCACCGACAUCACACCGCAGGCUGCUCAGUCGUACCUCGAGAAAGGCAGGCGCAGCUCGGCGGCCGCCUUUGUUCCUCACCCUGGCGUCAAGCGCAAGUCGUCGCUCGCUCCUUCCGUCUCUGGCUCGCGCAAUGCGACGGGGCCCGCGAGGGUGCCGCAGACCCAGGCUCGUUCUUCGCACAGUCGCCGCCCUUCGUGCGUUGCCAUCGUCGAGGACGCCGCGCCCGCGCAAAAACUUCCGCCGCCGCCUGCAGCCACCGCAUCGACCUCCUUCCCGCCCGAGCACAAGACGAACAAGUCUCGCGCCUUCUCCGACAUCGGCAACGCUGUCUCGUCCGCCAAGGUCACCUCGUACGCCGGCCAGCUCGACCAGCAGCCUCGUCACAUCUCGAGCCCGUCUGUCGUCCACAGCAGGACGGUGCCGCAGGUCAAGCUCGAGCCGCCGACGCCGAAGAAGCCGUCUCGCCAGCAGAAAAAGGGAGCGAGGGCGACUUCCGUCCAGGUUGGGAAGGUCACCGAUUCGCUUACCGCUCUCAACCUCGCUGCGUCGACGGAGCAGGGACGUUCGACGACGCCUUCGGCUGCGAGCGACGCGUACGUGACGGCGACCGAAGGAGACGGCGAUGCGAGCGGCGCAGGAGGCUCGACGGGUACAAGCGGGUGGUCGCGCAGGAGGAAGCGCAACUGGGCGAAACGCAAGGGAGCGGCUGGUGCAGUCGCCCCCGAGAACGCUUGA